AUAUCCAACUGACACGUUCAAGCAUGGUAAACUCUUGGAGCCCUUUCUUCAAACAGGAUCCUUAUCAAAACUAUGGUUCAUGCAGGCUGGGCUCACAAUCAGCAGUCCACUCUCCACCGUCCACAACAUCCACAUUUUCAGUUACUUCUCCGCCAGUGGAAAGCGUGUCUGUUUGUCACCUAGGUAAACAACAAGCACUUCAUAUUCUGUGUGUUGUCAGUGGUUCUCUUCGUUCUACCUCUUACCAUCUUUUGAACUGUUCGCACCUCACAUCAUGAAUAACAACAUCCCUGCACUCGAUUGUCCAGCAGUCAUCAAUGAUCUGGCUGAUCGUCUUGGCUCUCUAAGCCGCUUUCUGGACGGCAUCAAUGACCUUAUGAAAUUCAGUUCCUUAGGAGACCACAAAUUGCAGCACUAUGGUCGAAAGGUCUUGCCCUCACAAUUCAAUCAUCUUUUACAGUCAACUGACAAUUAUUUUCCCGUGCAGAUCAUCGCUCUGACUGAAGGUGCACGUAUGAUAUUGAGACGCGAGGGAGUGGCCCUGUACCUCUUCGUUCUUUGUUCAGAGGAACUUUUGCCAUACAAGUCGGCGUACUUCAGGUUUCUUCUUUGGAUCAGACGCCGCAGGCCCGCGUUUCCUGCCGACAUUGGGGAUCGAAUUACUUCUCUCUUGUCUGUUCUAAAGAGCAAUUUCACUAUACAGUUCGGAAGAGUUGACACUCGUGCCCAACUGGGCAUUGAGGAGUUACUAGUGCCAAAUGACGCACUACCCGCUUGGGAAACCGCCAUCCAGACUGCAGCACAUGCUGCUAUUGCCUUGUCGCCACGGAAAUUGUAUGCAGCGUCGGACAUUAUGUUACCACCGGAUGCUUUGGCGAAAAAAAAGCGGAGAAUCCAGGAGCUCGCACGUUAUGUGAAGUCACCUGCUGUGAAUAUGCCCCCACCAGUUUCUCGGGAGUACCUGCCGAGCAAGAACUGGGAGGCUCCUCAGCUUUGA